GCAAAAGCGGGAAAUAUGGCUGUCGAAAUGGGAGAAAAACACGAUGAAGACGAUAAAGUUGAUAUUUUGACAAGGAUCACAGAUUCUAUCGACAACCAUUUGAGAGGUUUUAGGAAUGUUUCCUGGGUUCUGGCUGGAGCUGGAAUUAUACUGAUUGCAAGGAGAACAUAUGUGUUUAGGCAUUUUAAAGUUGUCUCUGACAUCCCAAAAGAAUUUGUUGCCAAGAACAUCACCUUUCGUGGCCAUGUAUGCGAGGUUAGGCCAGACAACACUCUUGGUGUUUAUCAUAUUCCUUUGCUCAGGAGACUCAAGUAUUCAUCUGAUACAGAGGCCUCAAAACAAUCCAGUCUUCUAGCCAUCAGUCUUAUAGGUGUGGAAUUCAGGGAAGGUGGGCACCAAUGGCUUUCAGGCCAUCUGAUGUCAGCUGAUGUUAAGAUUACUCCUUUCCAAGUCACCAAAAAGCAUACAUUGGACUGCAUGGUGUACAAGAAAAAGAACUGGUUUUCAUCUAUAUGUGUAAACCAAGAAUUGCUGCAUCAAGGUGUAGCAGUCACAUGUCAUGUUCCCACACUUGUCAACAGUCCAGUUUAUCAAAAACUUCAAAGACAACUCCUGAAGGCAGAAAUAUCUGCUGAAAAGAAAGGUGUUGGCAUUUGGAAGAGGCCAUCAAGAAUAAAAGCCUUUUGGGGAAAAAUUUCCUCUCCAAUCUCCUGGAUAAAGAGGGGACUCAGUGCUUUUCAAUAUGUUAGAAGUCUCUUUUCAAGGAAAGCAACAAACCAUGAAGAGAAGUAAUUUUUAAGAAGUUACUUAACAAAGUGAACUGGGAUAUUUUGAUGGCACAAGAAUCUUUGACCAAGAUUUGUUUGUCACAUCAACCUGGAUGCUUAUGUUUGUCCUAAAAAAUUGAGGCAGAGAACAAACUAACUCUUCUCCAGCAAUGCACCGCUUCCCUAAAGAGAAGCUUUGCUCACAGUGGAGUUCAGUUUUGGAACAACCCACCCCCGAGUCAGUCUUAACAUGAUGUUAGAGCAAAUUAACAAUUGGUUCAUACAUCAGUGUGUGUUCAUCGAGAUAUGAAGCACGCGGGAAGUUUGGAGAGCAUGAAAGAUGCGUAAGAGUUGCUCAAAGCACAGCCGAGAGUAACUCUAGCUUCUUGAGUGCUCUUAACUUCCCAAGUGCUUCAUAUCUCGAUGACCCCACAGCUGACGCAUGAACCAAUUGUUUUAUAGCAUUUUCAACCCGAUGGAAAAUUUUUUUCUCGAGGGAUAUGUUUGUUGACGUCAUGAGCGUGCACAAUAGGAAUAUGUAGCAUGCUCAAGCAAUUGAAUUUGAUUAGACAAAUUUACUAGCUAUGUUAUAAAUUGAGUUGACAGUAUGAGACAGUAUGUUAUUUAAAUGCUGCCUCUAAGAAAAGAAGCAUCUGUUGUUUUAAUUUUUUUUCCUGUGGUGAUUGUAUUUAAGUGGGUAAGUGGUUGAUCAAUAAGAAUUUGAUGGGGUUCAUAGAAAUACCAUGAAUGAAUAGUAAAAGUCAUCUUAUUUUAUGUAUCUUAUACAUGUUCUACCUAUGUCACCCUCAUUGUGUGUGGCUCACUAAAUGAACCUAGCUAUCUCUAUCCCACAUUACCAAGAACUUGUAAACCCUUUGCCUCCCAUGGGUGACCAAGACAGAGUUUCUCCUUACAAUAUCAGUACAAUGUAAAUCAGACAGGUGAAGAGAAUAAAGAAAAAUAUAAGUUUGAGGAUUUUCUGGUUGAUCCAGAAUCAAAUCUCAGAACUAGCAUGAUGAGAAUUUUAUGGCAGACUGUAAGGAGUAUUACUAAUGAGAUCUUGAGCUUUAGAGGAACUUAUUUUUUCAAACCAUCCCCUGUGAUUCUAAUGACCAAAAGAAAAACCAAAGUAACCAACAUUUAAUGAGGAUUCAGAGAGUCAUUUUUGUUUAUUUCAAAUAAACUUCACACAUAUCAUCUGUAUUUCUCUAAGUCUAUAAAUUAGUCACUAAAAUUAUCAAUAUCAUCAUUUUUCACCUCUUUAACAAGCUUCUAUGAUAUUUCAUUUAAUGAGGUAAAUACUGAUUACUACUUAAUAAACAUAUGAAGUUUCAAACAGAAAUUAUUCCAAACGAAAGGGGCUGGGGUGCAGACUUUAAAAAAUAUUUCAAAAUAGGCUUGAACAAUUUUUGAGAAACUAUGUUGAUUUUGUGACAUUUGCAAUUUAUCAAAGUUGAAACAAACCUUUACCAGUAAUCAAAAAUAUACAAAGGGAAUUUACAUCAAGUUGAUAGUCAAUUUAAAUAGUACUUACUAGUGUAUUCUUUAACCUUUAACUCUCAUGAGUGACAAAGCCAGAAUUCUUAUGAUAUCGAUGCAAUAUCAAGCAGUAAUGAGCAUAAAGAAAAAUACCAAUUGGGGGAAUUAUUACUUGAGCCAAUACCAAAUUCUCCAAACUAAUAUCAUGAGAAUUUUACAGCAUACAGCAAGGAGAAGUACUAAUGAGAUCUGGGAAUGAAACGGUUAAGAGGCAUGGAUUUACCAAAGAAUUGUAAGAAACCAUGUAACUACUAAGUGAUAAGUUGAUCUGUCAACUACCUCAUGUAAUGAGCUUCUCUUGGUGUAUGUGGUCUUGAAAAAAAUUUAAAAAAUCUUACAAUAGUACCAUUUUUGAACCACUUCAUCCUUUUGAAAAUGUUCAGUCUGGGGACCCAUUUCUCAAAAGUCCCAGUAACUUAAUGGACCAGAAGCCUUAUUUUAUAAUCAAGAUUUGAAGAAUAAAUAAGCAGGUUCUGGUACCCUAACCAGUCCAUUUUUUUUCUUUAGGUGAUGGUUUCAAAGUAUAAUUUUCAAAACUUUUAAAACCCCUACCUUGAGUGAAAACAGAAGAACUUUACAGGCCUGUUUAGUUACCAGGACCCUUUCUUUUUUUAAAUUACUAAAUGGGUCUUAGGACGACA